CCGUGAAGGCACGAACCGUCCCGGGUCGGCCGCUCGACAGUGGUUACUGGUCAGUAUCGCGGGAAGACUCUUGCAGUGCGUACGUUAUUUGUCGCUGUCUCUCUUGUUUCCAUAUUUUUGUUAUUUAAAAUUCAAAUUAUGAGUGAUAACGGUUUUAACGAUACAUUACGUGAUUUAAACAACAUGGUAUGAUCGCAAAAGUCCAGAUUUUGUCCAAGUCCACGCAAUACGUCACUUGCUUACCCGUAUUAUCAUAUUGUCAUUAAAAUAUUAUUUCUACUAUAAUACACUACUCGACAUCACUGGCUCACCGAAGGAUCUGACAGUCAAAAAGUUACGAUCAUACCUUGUUUUUAUAUCAUGGAUACAUAUAUUCCGGUGGCCUUCGACGCUGGAUCUCGUUCAAUACGUUUUGGGUUCUGCUAUGACAGAACGCCAAGCUCAGAUAUACCAGCCGUACUUGGUGACAUGUUGGAUGGCAAGGAGUCGGUCGUACAUACGAAUCGUAUCGGGGAGAAUUCAACGUAUAAAGUGGAUACCAACACUUUGUGCGUCCCGCGUGAAGGGAUGGAACUUAUAAACAUUAUGGACAAAGGCUUAAUCCAAGAUUGGGAUGCAUUUGAAAACCUUAUGGAAUAUGCCUACUCAUCAUGCUUGUUUACCGAUCCUAAACUUCAUCCCAUUAUAUUUACUGAAUCGCCAAUGAAUACUGACAAAAAUAGAGAAAGACUAAUGGAGUUGUUGUUUGAAAAAUUCAAUGUGCCAGCAAUGAUGCUUUGUAAGAACUCUGCAGCAGCCGCUUUUUCUUGUGGCUUACAAACAGGUAUUGUUGUUGAUAGUGGUGCUACACAUACAACUGCGGUCCCAGUAUAUGAAGGAAAUGUAAUAACUGGUGCUAUUGUCAGUUCUCCUAUGGGAGGAGAUUUCAUUCUCAAUAAAUGUGAACAGUAUUUGUCUGAAAAUAAUAUUGACGUGAUUCCACAUUAUCUUAUUGCCAAAAAACAACCGGUAAAUGCAAAAGAAAUACCAAUAUGGUCAAGAAAAAAUACAGUCCCUAAUGUAACGAAUUCUUGGCAUAACUACAUGUGCAAAUCAGUUGUUGAAGACUUUAAGCAUACCGUGUUAGAAGUAGCUGACCGUGAUGCUAUAUUAUCAAAUCUUCCAACUUGUCAUUAUGAGUUUCCCAAUGGCUACAAUCAAGAAUUUGGCAGUGAAAGGUUCAAAAUACCGGAAUUCUUAUUCAAUCCUAAUGAAAGUGGUGACUUAACAUCCCUGAGUGAAAUUGUCCACCUUUGUGCAGAAAUGUGUAGUAAUUCAAUAAUAGACGAAUUAUAUGCCAAUAUUAUAGUUACUGGUGGAAAUUCUUUAAUAAAAGGUUUUCCACGGAGAUUGCAUUUAGAAAUUGCUGCUAAUUACAAAAAUAUUUCCAGAGUGAAAUUGACUGCACCUAUUGAUUCAUCUAUUAGGCGAUUUGGUGCAUGGAUUGGUGGUGCAUUAUUGGCCACUACUGCUAAACUUAAUCAUUUGUGGUUCAGCAGCAAUGAUUAUCAUGAAAAUGGGGCUAAUGAAAUCAGUUUGUACCUGACUCAUUAGUUUAUUACUAGCAAGUCCCUAUGAUAUUAUUUAGGCACGUCUAGCUGCACCAUCUAUUGUCAUCAAAAACAUGGUUUCUAAAUUCUUGUUGUCUAACAAAUGUUUAAAAGAGCAAACACACAAAAAAAAACGUUCAUUGAAUUAUUUAUGCUAAUUUUCGUUACGUGUAUCCACUGUAGUUACAACGGGGCGGCGCAUUGAUAAAUUUUGAUAGACAUUUUAAAUAUUUAAAAACAUUUAUUACCAAUAAUUGUAUUAUUCUUAGAUAACUCAAACUCUCUCAAUGGUCCUUUCAACUUCGAGUUGACCACAUUCGACUGUAUUAUGAAUAUAUUUUAUUUUUAUUUAUUUUCCUCACAUCCUAAUGUAUGUUUACAUUCAUAUUUGCUUUUGAUAAAACUUUUUUAAAAAAAUAUUAUUUUUAUCUUUUGUUUUAUAUAAUUACCUA